AUGGGGCAGCUUUCAACAUUGUUGUCAGAUAGGGCGCCGGGGACUUUGCCGGCAGACACUGAAAAGAAUCCAAAAGAGACAAUCAAAGAUGUGUCUCUCAGGAGUAGGAAAACAUUAGCAGCGCCAAAGGCAAAACCAAGGGACGAGAGGGAGAUCAACUCAACCAAGAUAGCUGAAGAACAGAAAAUCGGUGAAUCAUUGCCCAAGGAGAAUGUUAGCAUCAAGGAUGUUGAUAAGCAGAAGGUGAACAACACAGUUGAGGAAAGCAAGAACAUGCCAUUGUUACUUUUUCCUCAAAAGAUGAAGCGGGAGAAAUUAGACAAAUGCUUUGGGAAAUUCUUGGAGAUGUUGAAACAGUUGUAUGUGAACAUCCCGUUCACGGAGAACAAAAUUCCCAAGAAGUGUGGAGAUCCUGGCAGUUUCACUAUACCUUGCUCGUUGGGUAGCGAAAAUUUUGACAAAGCCUUGUGCGAUUCAGGUGCAUCCAUUAACUUGAUGCCAUUAUCGAUGUUCAAGAAAUUGGAAGGAGAGCUAGGAGUUAUCAAAUAUGUGUCAGUAUCCUUGCAACUGGCUGAUCAGACCACGAUCAUAUCGGAGGGCAUAAUCGAGGACAUUCUGGUAAGGGUAGACAAAUUUAUUUUCCCAGUAGACUUCAUCGUAGUAGAUAUGGAAGAGAAUAAGGAGGUACCUCUAAUUCUGGGGAGACCAUUCCUUUACACUGGCCGAGCUAUUCUUGAUAUAUAUGAGGGACAACUCAUGCUACGAGUGGGAAACAAAAAAAUGGUGUUUCAAAUGAAGAGAAUGAUGAAAUACCUGUGUGACGAGGCAUCUGCCUAUGCUUGUCUCAAGCUAGAUGUGGUGGGAGAGUUAGCUGAACAACACAAAAUGGAUAAGCUGGUAGGUGACUCACUGGAGAGAUGCAUUAGUCAAUCAAGCACAACAGAGGAUAAAGAUCCUGAGAUCAAGAAGGAAGUUAAGGCGCUGGAAUUGAAAGUACUCCCGACACAUUUGAAAUAUGUUUUUUUGGAGACUAACAAUUUUCCUGUGAUUAUUGUUGCUGAUUUGAGAGGUGAACAGGAACACAUGCUUGUGGAGUUACUACGGAAGCAUAAAAAGGUUGUGCCGAAAAAAGGGGGCAUGACGGUGGUAAAAAACGAGGACAACGAGCUAAUUCCUACCAGAACAGUUACUGGGUGGAGGAUAUGCAUUGACUACCAGAGAUUAAAUGAUGCAACAAGGAAGGAUCAUUUCCCUCUUCCUUUCAUUGAUUAG